AGUAGAACAUGUUGACCUGCUAUUAAUAUAGUUUUCUCUCUCUCUUUAAUAGCAUAUUUUAAGUAUCCUCAUGCUGCCCGAAAGAAAAGCGUUUUUUUGGUUACAGCGAAUCCAGACCCAAGCAGAGGCUCAUCUAAAACAACAGUGAUUGCACCAAACCGGUUUAAGUUUUAUCUGUGUGGAGUAAAAUUACUCCCCCCGAACAGCGUGGACUAAUGAUGGCCUUAGUGGUUCACCUGAAGACGGUGGCUCAUCUUCGUGGGAAAGGUGAGAGGAUCGCAAAAGUUACAUUCAGAGGUCUGCCUUUCUACAGUCGAGUAGCAGAAAACUGUGAGGACGUGGCUCAUUUUAAUGAGACAUUUCGAUGGCCCAUUGCCAGCAGGCUGGAUGGAAAUGAGAUGUUGGAGAUCCAAGUUUACAAUUACAGCAAAGUCUUCUCGAACAGACUGGUCGGGACUUUCUGUAUGGUUCUUCAGAAAGUAGCUGAAGAGGGACAGCUGGAGUUGACUGAUACUCUCAUUGAUGACAACAACACAUCAAUAAAGACCAGUGUCAACAUCGAGAUCAGAUACCAGCCGAUGGAUGGCAUGGUGGGAACAUGGAGUGAUGGAGAGUUCUUGGAGGUACCUGACGACCGUGAUGGGAUGUUUGCCUUUGAAACAGACAGCUUGCUGUCUGGACAAAGCCACGGGUCGGGGACGUCCCCUGGACGAUCUUUACAGGGGUCCAUACCAACCUUCAGAAAAGCAGGGAAGGGAGUUUUCUCAGCCAUGAAACUUGGCAAGAUCAAGAGCUCUAGAGAUGACCACAAGAGAGGAGCAGAUGAGCCAGCUAUCCUGGACAUGGAAGAUCUGGACAAGAAAGCUAUUCGUCUUGCCGGGACAUUAGACCCAGACACUAUCUCUUUGGCCUCUGUGACUGCUGUCACCACCAAUGUUUCCAACAAAAGGUCAAAGCCAGAUAUCAAGAUGGAACCCAGCUCAGGAAGACCAGUGGACUAUCAGAUCUCCAUCACAGUUAUUGAGGCUCGACAGCUAAUAGGCCUCAACAUGGACCCCGUGGUGUGUGUGGAAAUUGGAGAUGACAAGAAGUAUACGUCAAUGAAGGAGUCCACCAACUGUCCAUACUACAAUGAGUAUUUUGUCUUCGAUUUCCACGUUCCUCCUGAGGUCAUGUUUGACAAGAUCAUCAAGCUCUCUGUUAUUCACUCUAAAAACCUUUUACGGAGUGGGACGUUGGUGGGAACCUUUAAGAUGGAUGUUGGAACUGUUUACUUCCAGCCUGAACACCAGUUUUACCACAAAUGGGCAAUCAUGUCUGAUCCUAACGAUAUCACAGCGGGGUGCAAAGGAUAUAUAAAAUGUGACAUUGCUGUGGUGGGGAAGGGUGACAACAUCAAGACCCCACACAAAGCCAAUGAGACGGAUGAGGAUGACAUAGAGGGAAAUCUGUUGCUCCCAGAGGGUAUACCAGCAGAGCGACAGUGGGCAAGGUUUUAUGUAAAGAUCUAUCGUGCUGAAGGACUACCUAAAAUGAACACCACCAUCAUGGCUAAUGUGAAAAAGGCCUUCAUAGGAGAGAAUAGAGACCUGGUGGACCCCUAUGUUCAAGUGCAAUUUGCUGGUCAAAAGGGAAAGACAUCAGUCCAGAAGAGCAGCUAUGAACCAAUCUGGAAUGAGCAGGUCAUCUUUACCGAGCUGUUCCCUCCUCUCUGCAAAAGAAUCAAGGUCCAAAUACGAGACUCGGAUAAGGUCAACGAUGUUGCUAUAGGAACCCACUUCAUUGAUCUACGCAAGAUAUCAAAUGAUGGUGAUAAAGGUUUUUUGCCGACACUGGGCCCAGCCUGGGUCAACAUGUAUGGCUCCACCCGUCAGUACACGCUGAUGGACGAGCAUCAGGACCUGAAUGAUGGACUUGGAGAAGGAGUUUCCUUCAGAGCACGCCUCCUGCUUUCUGUAGCUGUGGAGAUUCUGGACACCACUUCACCUGAGAUCAUCAGCUCCACUGAGGUUCAAGCAGAGACUGUCUCCAACAUCUCAGAGAGCGCAACGGGAAAAAUGGAAGAGUUCUUCCUCUUUGGCUCCUUCCUGGAGGCCACCAUGAUCGACAGGAAGAUUGGUGACAAGGCGAUCAGUUUUGAAAUCACAAUAGGUAACUAUGGCAACCAGAUAGAUGGAGUGAGCAAAUCAUCCUCAACAAAGAAAAAAAAGAAAGAUGGGGAGAAUGAAGAGGAGGAGAGUGAGUUGAUCCACAAUUCCAGCGAGGACGAGGCGGACGAGGAUGGGGAAUUUGUCUCAGUCUCCUCAACACCUCUCAUGAAGCCUGUCAUCACCGACAGAAACUACUUCCAUCUCCCCUAUUUUGAAAAGAAGCCAUGUGUCUAUAUUAAGAGCUGGUGGCAGGACCAGAGAAGACGACUUUACAAUUCUAAUAUGAUGGACAAGAUAGCAGACAAGCUGGAGGAGGGUUUGAAUGAUGUUCAAGAGAUUAUUAAAACAGAGAAGGCCUUUCCAGAGCGCAGACUCAGGGGAGUACUGGAGGAGCUCAGUGUCAGCUGCAGUCGGUUUGUGACACUAGCCAACAAGGAUGUGAACCAGUCAGGCAGAACCAAACUUGAUCGAGAACGGCUCAAAUCCUGCAUGAGGGAGAUGGACAGCAUGGGUCAGCAGGCCAAACAGAUCCGUACCCAGGUAAAGAAAAACACAAUCAAGGACAAGCUCAAGAUGGCGCAGAACUUCCUGCAAAGGAUCCGUUUUCUGGCUGACGAGCCUCAGCACAGCAUCCCAGAUGUUUUCAUCUGGAUGAUGAGCAACAACAAGCGCAUCGCUUAUGCGCGGAUUCCUUCCAAAGACAUCCUGUACUCCAUCGUGGAUGAGGAAACUGGCAAAGACUGUGGAAAAGUCAAAGCUGUCUUCCUCAAGCUGCCUGGAAAGAAAGGAUUCGGUCCUGCAGGCUGGACGGUUCAAGCUAAGCUGGAGUUGUAUCUGUGGCUGGGCCUUAACAAACAACGGAAGGAUUUCCUUAGUGGACUCCCAAAUGGUUUUGAAGAGAUUAAAGCCUCGCAAACAGGUCCUGGUCUUCACUCCAGCCCCCCUGUCUGUCUCGUCUACAACAUGAAGCAGGUGUUUCAGCUGAGAGCGCACAUGUACCAGGCCCGAAGUCUGUUCGCUGCCGACAACAGUGGGCUUUCCGACCCCUUUGCUCGAGUCUUCUUCUCCACACACAGCCAAGUUACUGAGGUUCUCAGUGAGACUCUUUGUCCCACGUGGGACCAGCUGCUGGUGUUUGAUGAUGUAGAGCUGUUCGGGGAGGCCAGUGAGCUGAGAGAUGACCCUCCAAUCAUUGUGGUUGAGCUCUAUGACCAGGACACUGUGGGUAAAGCAGAGUUCAUAGGUCGGACAUUUGCAAAGCCCACCAUCAAGAUGUGUGAUGAGCAUUACAGCCCCCCAAGAUUUCCACCACAGCUGGAGUACUACCAAAUAUACAGAGGGAACUGCACUGCUGGGGAGCUGCUGGCCGCCUUUGAGUUACUACAGAUACCCUUUGACGCUGAAGAGAUCAGGCGUGCUCUUAUCGCUGUCCAUAACUUUGCUGUUCCACAAAUAAAGAUUGGUCCAGGAGGCAGGGCUGACCUUCCCCCACUCGAAGGACCAACAGACUCAGAGCGUGGACCCAUCCUGCCUGUCCCGCUGGGCAUCCGACCUGUUCUGAGUCGCUACCGCAUAGAGGUUUUGUUCUGGGGAUUAAGGGACCUGAAGAGGAUCAACUUAGCACAGGUGGAUCGACCCCGUGUAGACAUAGAGUGUGCAGGUCGUGGGGUUCAAUCGGCCCUCAUUCAGAACUACAAGAAGAAUCCCAACUUCAGUACCCUGGUGAAAUGGUUUGAGGUGGACCUUCCAGAAAAUGAGCUACUUCAUCCUCCUCUUAAUAUCCGAGUGGUGGACUGCAGAGCAUUCGGCCGCUACAUCCUAGUGGGGUCCCAUGCUGUUACUAGCCUGAGACGUUUUAUCUACAGUCCUCCAGAUAAGACGUCCAAUAACUGGACCACUGCAGCUAAGCUAAUGAAUGGCUACAUGGUCCUAACCAAUGGCGGCUCCCAGCCUCGCUCCUCACCCAGCCUUUCUUCCCGCACCUUCUCUCGCCCCGCAGGUGACAUCAUUGUCAACUUGGACUCAGAGCCUCCCAUCCGAAAAAUGGAAACGGUCGUCAAGUUAGAUGCUAUGUCUGAUGCUGUUGUGAAAGUUGACAUGACUGAUGAAGAGAGUGACAAAGAAAAAAAGAAGAAAAAAAAGAAGAAGAAGGGUGCCAUAGAGGAAGAGGAAGAGACAGACGAGCGUGUGCUGGACUGGUGGUCCAAAUAUUUUGCUUCAAUAGAGACACUGAAGGAGACCCUCAGAGCCCAGGAGGCAGCUCAGGCAGAAGCAGAGGAGAGAGAAGACCUUGAGAUAGCAGCUGAGACCGCAGAUAUCAAACCUGAUGACCUUCUGAAAGGCUCCAAGAUGAAGGAGAAGAGCAAAGAGAAGAAGAGCUCCAAGGAUAAGAAGAGGGGUCAGAAUGCAGAGGGAUCAGAGAAACGACCAAUCAAAGCAAAAGUGGACGAGCUGGUGGUGUACAACAAGGAGCUGGAGAGCGAGUUUGGUCAUUUUGAAGACUGGCUUCAUUCGUUCAACUUGUACAGAGGAAAGGCCGGCGAUGAUGACGAACACGCUCUGGAUGAUGACAGGAUUGUUGGCCGAUUUAAGGGGUCCUUAUGUAUGUACAAGCUACCUCUGUCUGAGGAGAUCACAAGAGAAGCAGGAUAUGAUCCAAAUAUGGGGAUGUUCCAAAGCAUUCCACAUAAUGAUCCAAUUAACGUCCUUGUCCGUGUCUAUGUGGUCAGGGCCACUGACCUUCAUCCUGCUGAUAUCAAUGGGAAGGCUGAUCCAUACGUCGUCAUAAAGCUGGGCAAGUCAGAGGUCAAGGACAAAGAGAACUACAUCUCCAAGCAGCUCAAUCCUGUCUUUGGCAAAUCAUUUGACAUUGAGGCCACAUUCCCCAUGGAGUCGAUGCUAACGGUGUCUGUGUAUGACUGGGAUCUGGUCGGCACAGAUGACCUAAUCGGAGAAACAAAGAUUGAUUUGGAGAAUCGGUUUUACAGCAAAUUCAGAGCCACGUGUGGCAUUUCAUCCAACUACUCUCUCCAUGGAUACAAUAUUUGGAGGGACCCUAUGAAACCCAGUCAGAUCCUGGCUAAGCUCUGUAAGGAAAGUAAGAUUGAUGGACCCCAGUAUGGGCCGGGAGGCAAGGUCAAAGUGGCAAAUCGAAUCUUUAUGGGACCAACAGAAAUCGAGGAUGAAAACGGUCUGAAGAAACAGACUGAGGAACAUUUAGCCCUGACAGUGUUAAACCACUGGGAAGAGAUCCCCAGAGUUGGAUGCAAGCUUAUUCCUGAACACGUGGAGACCAGACCCCUGCUGAACCCUGACAAACCUGGAAUCGAACAGGGACGCAUUGAGAUGUGGGUGGACAUGUUUCCUAUGGAUGUGCCUGCUCCUGGACCUGCUAUUGACAUAUCACCACGGAAACCAAAGAGCUUUGAGCUUCGUGUUAUUAUUUGGAACACUGAUGACGUAAUUCUAGAGGACGAUGCUUUCAUGACAGGAGAGAAGAUGUCUGACAUCUAUGUCAGGGGAUGGCUGAAAGGGCAACAGGAAGACAAACAGGACACAGAUGUGCAUUACCACUCCCUGACCGGAGAGGGCAACUUUAACUGGCGUUUUGUCUUUCCCUUCGAUUACCUUGUGGCCGAGGAGAAGAUUGUUAUCUCCAAGAAAGAAUCCAUGUUUUCCUGGGAUGAAACGGAAUACAAGAUCCCCCCACGUCUCACACUGCAGGUCUGGGAUGCCGACCACUUCUCAGCUGAUGACUUCCUGGGUGCAAUUGAGCUAGACUUGAACCGGUUCCCCCGUGGCGCCAAGACAGCUAAGCAGUGUUCCCUUGACAUGAUCCGAAAUGAGCAUGAGCUGCCGACCAUUUCCAUAUUCAAACAGAAGAGGGUCAAAGGAUGGUGGCCGUUUGUAGCUCGGGAUGAGAACGACGAAAUGGAGCUCACGGGCAAGGUCGAGGCUGAGCUUCACCUGGUGUCAGCAGAGGAAGCAGAGAAAAGUCCUGUGGGGCUGGGACGAAAUGAGCCUGACCCACUAGAGAAACCAAAUCGCCCAGAUACCACCUUCCUGUGGUUCCUGAGCCCGCUGAAAGCCAUCCGCUACCUGGUAUGCAACCGCUACAAGUGGCUGGUCAUCAAGAUCGUGCUGGCCCUGCUGCUGCUCAUCAUGCUGGGCCUCUUCCUCUACAGCAUGCCGGGCUACCUUGUGAAGAAGCUGCUGGGUGCUUAAAUCACUGCUUGGAGGAAGGGAAGGGGAGUAGCCAGAUGAACAGGAGGGGGGUAAUGCUGGCUCAUCCACAAGAAGGGAGGAAUUGUUUUCUCUUUCCCAAACCACUCUGUUGUUUAUUACUAGCUUUCACCUUAGCACUGAGGAGAGGGGUUGACACUGACUGACAUGACUGUUUUCCACCCAAGUAAUAAAAAAAAAAACUGCUUAAUACUAUAAAUCAAUCUGCAACACGCCUCACAUAUCUAACUCUCAAUAUCUGGAUUCCAUCCUUAAACUGACUUAACAGCAAUCAUUUGCCACAAAGUAACCACUGGUUUAACCUUUCCUUGUCUAGCAAUGUUACAUGGCAGUGAAUGUUUAUUUAUCAGUAUAAAGAUUUUUUUUUUCAUUUUUAAUUUAUGUAGUAAGUGAACCUGUUGAUUUGUGGUCAGAUGAUUGCAAGUACAUUCAUUUCAAGUGAUGCUCUUUGAUCUCCCGUUACUGCUACAGCUUCUUAUAUUGGUUAAAAUUAAUAGAGAACAAAUAUAAUAUUUUAGGUAACACUUUAAUACCUCCAAUUCAGUAUUUAGAAGUACUUCAUAAACAUUUGAGAAAUGGUUUUACAACUGGGCAAAGACCUAUAAAUUCUCUAAUCAAUCAUUUGUUUCAUAAACUAUUUCUGAAAUGUUUAAAGAUUGUCCAUAAAUACUAAAAAGAGGAAAUUGUAUUAACGUGUAACCUUUUUUUGAACUGUUAUAGCUCUUGCAAUAUUUGCACACUUAUAUAAGAAUAAGAAUAAAGAAACAUAGAUGUUUAUUUUCCUAAUAAUUUCACUGAGAUUUAGAUCAAGAUAACCACAAAGUGAAUUAAUUAGUUCAUGAACAUUUUGUUGGUUAAACUGCAGUAUUAAAUAUUAAAUCCCUAGAGCAGAAAAGUCAGAGUUGAUCAAGCAAUGUUUGCAAAUAAUUCAACUUUAUAUUUCAGUUUUUAUGAUUAUGUGGACGGUGAAAUCACAGUUAAGCUCAUUUCCAAUGCUGUGUCAGUAUUCUGUUGUUCUUGUGUAAUUGUCUAAAUGCUCUUUAGUCCUCAGACCUGUGUUGUAAUCCUCACUAAUAAGAGCUUCUCAGCAGUGAAAUAAAUUAUUUGCAAAUAUUACUUAACCAGGUCUGCUAACAUUGUCAUAGUACUGAGUAAGAAACAAAUAAUGAACUUGUCAAAUUAAAGUUAAUGUGUUAAUAUGCAUGCAUCAUUAUGAAAACUGACCUGAGAGGUCGUGUGUGUUGGCAUGACUUGUCUUUUCAGCUCAAUGCAAAACAAAUCACCCACCCUGCCGUCCAUGGUGUUACAGAUGCAAUGAAGAUUUCAUGGAUAUUUGAUUAAAGUGCACUUGAGUGGAGUUCUAAAAAGAGUGGGUCUAAAAAAAUUGACUGCCUCCACCUUAGAAAACAUUCUGUAUGAUGUCCAUUCCAACUUAUCUGUGGUUGACCUCAUUUGUGUUGCAGUCUUUGUUGGGGAAUCACUUAAUAUAAUUUUGGUUUGCACUAAUUUAAAUUUGCCUGUUUUUACCUUGAAUUUGUGUAUUUUAAUGUAUUGAAAUAUGUGCAAUAUUUUUGUUUGUUUUGACUAUUUGAAAUAAACUGAAUUCCACGAAUGACAUGUUUAAAAAGUGGUAAAAUGGUCAUUUCAUAAUAAUUAUCACUGGAGCUGCACAGUUUUUUCAGCUCAUCCGUUUGCUUCAGUCCCACUAGUCUCACCGAGUUGUGUUCCACUGCAGUGACUGUUUAAGUAAAAAAAAAAAUGCUUGCCAGCACUGAGCAGAAAAACAGGAUCUUAAAUAGAUGGUGAACACAGAGACGUUUUCUGUUGUUUGACUUCUGAAUCUCUCUGUGCAGUCGACCCAACACCAGCAUGUCAUGGUUGCUGAGCCCAUGGAGGACAGUGUGUAUCUUGGCCUGGAGGCACUACAAACUGCACUGCGUGGUAUUGCUGGCUGCAGUGAUGAGUCUGCUCUUCCUCGCUCU